CACGUGCUUGAAUCCCCCAUUGUCGAGUUCUCAAUAGCCAGAGACGAUUCCCACCGGCGCCCGCCGACUACUCUGCGGACAUCUGAGACACGUGGAUUAUUUGACAAUAAUGAUCAAACUGUAGAUCGAGCACAGGAAAACAGCAAUCCAGGUAUUUUGUGUGGGAGUCACUCUGGUUAUGGGUGACUUUUCUAUUCAGAUUAGCAGCAACCUUCUUAAUCGGCUUGCUGAUGACACUGAAAAGUUGAAGAAGAAAACUAAAAGGUCUAAAUCUAAGGUACCACGAGAGCCUAGACAGCCCCAUACUAAGGCAAACCGGAAGCAGAUUUCUGAUGAUUCUGAAACGUCCAAGGGGGCUGCUCCUCCAGGAUGGCCAUUGCAUCCUCCAGUGUUCCUACCAAUAAACCCUCCUGCACAAUCUGCCUACACAGAGUUGGAUGCAAUUCGAUCUGUCAUUCAUGAUAGUGAGAGGGUUUUGGAGAGGUUGCAGAAGCAGGAGGAGAACAUGGUACAGGAAGUAACACAAAGAGCAAAGGAUCUCCGUGACAAGGAGUUCAAGCUUCCAUACCAGAAGCCUAUGCCCUGCUUGGCUGAGAAUGAUGCUUGGUUGGCGUGCUACAAGGAGCAUGCCAAAGACUCCCUUAAAUGUUCUCCUCUGGUUAAAAACUUUGAAGAUUGUAUUCGCAGAGCUAGGCAGCAAGUGAGUUCAGCGGAGAAGUAGACUUUCCUGGAGGAAAAUUUAUUUCUCACACAUACAUGAGUGCAAGCUAAUAUCCAGUUUGAAUGACACCUAGAUUUUUGUGGUACAAAUAAAUUAAAGAACACUCAAUUGAUAUCUCCAUUAUUGGGUUCCAUGCUAU